AUGGAAUUUACAUCAACCAAGACAUCAGCUUUCUCAUUUGACGACCCUGCUCUCAGAAAGAAUCUUCUAGAACAUCAUAUAGAUGGCGUCAGCUUCUUCGACGAUGAAUGUCUUCUUAACUCGGUCGAAUGUAUCAUCAAUCAUGAUCGUGCGGACAACGUUGAUGAGAUAGAUCCGGGUCAGGAGGCCAAGAAGAUUAUAUCUGGACCCAAUAGCCUUCCAGACAAUCUACCCUAUUUGUUACACCAGAUCACUUGUGUGUUGAACUGCCAGUGCUCGAAGGAAGGGGAUAGCAACAAGACAUCGCUGGAGAUUCUGCAACUGCUUACAAACUACACAUGGGAGGAUAAAAUCGUGAUAAUUUUGGCAUCUUUUGUUGUAGAAUAUGGCCAAUACUGUCUCUUUGCCAAGCUCGAAAAAAGCAAUCAACUCACAAAUUUAGUGGCGUUGCUCAAGAAGAUUCCGGACCACACUGAUGAUGUUUACGAAAAUAUGAAAUCCAGCUUCGAGGCUAUUAUGGGGGCAUUGAGAGUCUCAAUUAAGGUGACAAGGUUCAUUGCCAAAUUUAGGACUAGUUUCAGAGCAAAAUACAUGGCAAAUGAGGCAAAAGUGAUGAUUGAAGCAAGGAAUCACAUACCAAUUGCUGUGUAUUGGAUGACUAGACUAGUCGUCGCCUGCGCAUCUCAUUAUUCAGUAAUUGUUGGAAACACUACAGAAAUUUCGUACACUGAAACACGGAGCAUUACUAAAUUGGAGGAAAAGAUCACCGAAAUUCAUACCUCAUUCGAGAAACAAUUUGAUGAGUGCAACAUACACAUAGAGGAGAAGAAACGGAUCAGAUAUGUUGAGAAGCUAAAGGUGGUGUUGAACCAGAACAUAACCCAUAUGGGCAACCUGAGUGUAUUACAGACUAUUCUAAAAAGAAAAAAAGAUGAAUCCCGUCUAGUUUCAUGUGAAGGCGACAAAAAGGUAGACGUGGAAGUUCUGAAAGGGAAAACAGUGCUGUUACUAAUCUCGGGUCUUAAAAUUACCGAAGAAGAAAUAACGAAAAUCGGCACUUUCUAUAGAGAACGAUCGAGAGAGAAAGCGCAGUAUGAGAUCGUGUGGGUCCCGAUCGUGGAAAAGAUGAGUGAAGAUGAUGAGAAAACAUUUAAUGAUUGGAAGUGCAAGAUGCCAUGGCAUGCAAUCGAGCAUCCAAAAUAUGUGAAACCGGGUUUGGUCAAGUACGCGAGAGAGGAGUGGCGCUAUUCCGAGAAGUCGAUAAUGGUGUCGAUAGAUCACCGAGGAAAAGUGGUUCAUGAAGAUUCCUAUAGCAUGAUGUGCACAUGGGGUAAUGCAGCCUUCCCCUUCAGUCGGACGCGUGAGGAGGAGCAAUGGAAGACUCUCAGGGAAUGGAGCCUCAAGUUUAUGGUUCAACAAACUACUCAAAAAAUGUCCGAAUGGGUAAAAGAAAACAAGUACAUCUGCUUGUUUGGUGGUGAUGACUACGAAUGGAUAAAAAAAUUCGUAAAUGAAGCAAAGAGAGUUGCUGGUGAAGCUAAAAUCGAGCUGCAGAUGGUGUACAUAUACAAGAAGAAUACGAGAGAAGAUCACAUGACUCAAAUUACACAAACUCUGUCAAGCACUGGUGUUGAAGUAUGGGAAAAAUCCACAUCCAUUAACUUCUGGAAAAGAAUCGAAUGCUUGCUCUACUCAAAGUUCCACCAGGGAGUCAAAGAAAGCGAGCGCCACCCCUUCCUCCGCGAGGCAAUGAACAUGCUUGCCCUUGGCGAUCACGACAAGGGGUGGGGCCUCAUCAGCCAAGGGGAAGGGGCCGGCCUCAAGAAGAUCGCCAAGGCUAAUGGGGAUAUGAUACUCAAGGCAUUCGAAGGAUAUAGCUCGUGGAGCAGUUCUGAGACCACGCUGGACUUCACCACAGGGCUCCACGACCAUUUAGCCCGCCUGGCACGCGAUUUUCCUCAUCAUUGCAACCGACUUACCAUUCCGGGGAUUGAGGACAUCCUCGGAACAAUGCUCUGCGGAGAGUGUAAUCAACCCAUGGAGAAGUUCAUCAUGUAUCGUUGCUGCGUGGAGUGA